UACCGGCGGCGUGCGGGGGGCGUGGCUUUGAGGUUGCCGCGAAAAGGAGCUAGAGCUAGAGAUGUACAGUGCAGUUCCACCUCCAAGGUUUGUCGACUGGACCUCACAAACUGUAACCAAUGAGAAGAAGGUCGAAGAGCAGCCGGAAAAGCCGCGUCACGUCCAUGAGCAUCAGUGGCAGAAAUUCUGUGAGCUGAGAACAAGGAGAGAAAAAGAGCUGUCAACUGGUGCUGCAAGGAGAAUUGAAGCAACACGUAACAAGACCCUCAGAAACGUAAGUAAGAAGCUGAGUGAGGAAGAUAGAGAUAUUCUCAGGGAAGACGGUGUGAGCCUACCUCGGGUGGGACGGAAGAAGCAAAGGUGGAGGGAGAGAGAAAGGGAGGAAAGUGAGAGGGAGGGGGAGGGAGAGGGGCAGGUUAAGAAAGAGAAGGCUGAAGCAGAGUGGCACGAAGUCAGGAGCUUCAUGGAGCCCAACCCUCAAUUGAAAGGGGUGGACCCUGGAAAGUAUGCUCAGAAGAGUCAUCUUGAGGAAGAAAUGGGUGAAUGCAUCGAGCGGGGUGAAUUUGAGGAGGCAGUGGAGAUGAGUGAAAAGAUAGCACAAAGAGAGUUCUCCAGUAAAGUGGCAACUGCUUUUGAGUGCAGAGAUUAUAUCAAAAGAAAAAAGAUUGAUGAUGAAAGAAAGAGGAGGCGAAAACCACCUAAGCUGGAUUGGAGGUACUAUCAUGGCCGUCCUUGUCGGAACGUAUCACAGAUUGAGCAUAUAAAAUGCAUGCUGUGUAUAUAUGUAUGGUGGCCCGAUGCAGUUCACUCCAGCUAUUCUCUCAGUCUUUCUCUUCUUUCUCACUGCGCUUUUUGCUUUUCCGUCUGCUUAUCUGAUCUUGCUUCUGGUAGUUAGCUUUUCGUUCGUACAGCAAGAAUCGAUAAUCAGUCCAGGAAGCAAGCACAGAAGAAAGCAGAGAAGCGAUAAUUGGGAUAAUGGAUCACCAUAGCUGUUGUCACCUACAGUGUGUGUUGUUGUCACUCUCUGCAGGUUUGAGCCCAAGCAACCAUGGGAGACGAAAGGCAACAUGUGAUCUCUUGCUGCAACACAUGCGCACGGAGUGAGCAUAAUAAAACUGUGCUUGUUCGGCAUGCUGUGCUGUUUGGUGGCUAUGUAUGCGUACAUGUGUGUGCAGCACAAACCUGCAUCGUGCUCUAAGUGGUGCAAUGGAUAAUGUUCCAGAUGCCAGCGUGGCUCCCUCGAUGUCCUGCAUGCACCGUUGGUCUUCCAUGCAUCAUCAUCAUCCAUCGAGACAACCAAUUAGUGUUUGCAGAUCACAAACGCUAUCGACACAGACACUAUCAGACUCUCUCAACCUUGUUGCACAACACUUCAUUCGAGAUACCAAAAGUAGAUUGUCUAUUUUUAAAAUUCUGUAGUGAUCUUACUACCGGGGGCGGUGUAUAGUGUAUUGUCUGGGGCUGUGACACGUGUGCAUUACGAGCCAUCGACAGGAAGGAAUCUAUAAAGGCUGUUGUCACGGAUACUGCGGUUGAAGGAGUGCGCUUGAGAGAUAUGGCAGACUCAGGAGCGGAACUGCCGGGUCUGAGCUCGUCGCCCCCGUCGCGGGAACGCACGCCUCCCGUUCCCCCGCCGAAGCCGGCCUAUCUGAGUCGAGCCGUGAUGCAGCCUCCUUCGCCGCCCGCGAUGGACAUUUCCGUACAGGAUAGCAGCUUCUCGUCCGGAGAACUUCAGCAACGACAGAGCGCGUCCAUUACUGCAGCUGAGCCCCCGCCUAGAGACUACCGCUCUAUCGAGCGUGACCUCGUUCGGAGCUGCUGGUGACGUACAGGUCGAUUCGCGUUCGUUGCGUGGACGCAAGCGAUUAGCAGCGAACCUCUGCAAGUUUCGCUACUUCCAGAAGGCAACAUGCGCAGAGCACGUCGGUUACUUCUGUGCUCUCAGCGUGCUAGCAUACCUUGGCAUCCUGGCUAGGAUAUACCUCACCGAACUUGCUGUUUGGAAUGGUCUGCCCCUCUUUCCUGCAUUCUACGCUGAAGUGGUCGGAACAGCAGUGAUGGGUUUUGUUCUCGCACACAAGCAACUCUUCCUCGAGAAGAAGCACAAGCUGACAUAUCAAGCUCUCGCUACGGGUUUCUGUGGCUCUCUGACAACCUUCUCCUCCUGGAACAAUGAUGCUGCAACAGUCCUCAUCCAGUACGGUGAAGAAGACCCCAACAAUGUCACCAGAGUCAUCGGCUGGGCAACUAUUCUUGUUGUCGGGUUCGGGAUGCCCAUUGCAGCACUCAAGUUUGGGGAACAUCUCGGCUACCUCUCUCCUUGGGCCGAUCAGAGAAAGGGGGUGAGGGAGUACAAAGUUUCACAUAAGGCAGUGAGAGUGCUCGAGAUGAUCAUCUACAUUGUUGCCUGGGUUAUAACCACCUCGGUUGUGGUCAUCGUCCCUCUUGUUCUGUUCAACAGACACGACUUCAUGUUCAGUUUUGUCCUGGCCUCACUGGGGGCCUACAUCCGUUGGCACCUCUCCCCACUCAAUUCGGCCUUCAACUAUUUCCGACUGGGCACGUUCCUUGUAAAUGUCCUCGGGACUUGGGUCCUGGCGACAGCGUACGUUCUGGACCAUCACCACGAGGAGCAGACGGGUCUUGAGGUGAAGGGACUGCUCUACGGAGCCACUGCUGGGUUCUGUGGGUGUCUCACAACAGUCUCUACAUUUGCAGUUGAGCUGUCCACCCUCCCCCUGGCCGGGAGCUAUGUCUAUGGUCUUUCAUCUGUGUUGGCUGCACAGGCUGGACUCCUGUUGAUUAGGGGUACUUACUGGUGGACCAGAUGAAUUUUUAGUCACUUCACAUCAUUGUUUCAUCAUGUCAGCAUAAUCAACUAUCCAUGUGUAUGCACAACAAAGGUUACGGUAUAAUACCUUGUUUGUGUGUGAGUCCAUAAUUAUGUGUGUG